GCAAGCUGGCCGCAAAGCAGGUCCCGACGGACGAAGUUCGGUCACGAUGAUAUUCACAAACUCCAGCACCUCUCCAGCUCUCUCGACUCAAGCAAGCGUCCCGCUCAGCCCAAGCCUGCGCUCGUAAGACCCGCAGCACACGAGCAUCAGAAACAUGUCACAGUCAUGCUAUGUAUUGAUGCGAGAGAAGUCACCAGGAGAUUCAUUCGCACCAGUGAUACAGAAUAUUUACUUGCGAAGCCAAGCUCUCAACCUGCUGCCUUAUCUCUGAAUUUCAUAUGGGAAACAAGGAGCUUACGUCGAGGACUACUAGGAAUGAUAUGUGAAGCUUGUCCACAGUGCGGAAACGCUGUACAUUGUUGAAUGUGGAGGCGACUGUGAAGCGGAACAACGAGAUCACGGUGUGGUUUCGUGUGGUUUCUGGCACCGACUGUGCGUGAGGUGCGCUCAUCUCCGUCGCAAAGAUCAGGGAGUGAAAGCUACAACGCCUGAAGCAAUCCACCAGGAAGCGGUCAGUCCUGUGCGGGCACUGUCCUGGCAUAACAGUUGCAAGACCAGCGCAGAAAGAUGGCGGCCACAAUGAGAUUGUCACUAGUUCCCGAGCUAUUGGCCGUGUUAUUCACCUGUUAUGUGGCUCACUCGCAAGCACAGCCACCCCUCCUGGGCGGGGGCAGUCCCAACCCCGGCCCAGGUCCGGGUGGCCCUAAUCCCGGGUUUGGCGGACCGAACGGGGCAGCACCGAACAUGGGGCCGCCCAACAGAGGUCCACCGCCAGGAUUCGGAGGCCCGAUGGCGGGCGCAGGUCCAGGACAGGGUCCUGGAAUGGGCCCCGGCCCAGGAGCAGCAAUGGGCCCCGGCCCAGGAGCAGCAAUGGGCCCCGGAGCAGCAAUGGGACCCGGAGCAGCAAUGGGCCCUGGACCUGCCCUGGGUCCCGCACCGCCCAACGGUGGACUACUGGCGCCGAAUCGUGAGGUCAGCAUCAACCUGCAAUCGGGUGCUGAGCACACGAUGCGCAUACAAGGCAGACAGCAAAGCAUGUUCUUUGUGCGCGUCAGCAGCUGUGGUACGGAGGGCGCCGACUGGAGGCUGGACAACCCGAGCGGCAAUGAGGAGUUCAACCACCAGGAGUCGCAGCAAGAACCGCAGAUACAGCAGCCAGUCUUCAAGCGCAGGCGUCGUCAGAUCGGCGCCGGGCCCCAGGGCUUCCAGCCCGGACUCGGGGCCGGCCCUGCCCCGGGCAACAGUCCAUUCCCCAAUGGCGGUCCUAACCCAGGCGGGCCGCCGAACGCGCCUUUUGGCGGUGGAAUGGGACCGCCGAACAAUGUGGGUCCUGGUCCUGGAUUCGACCAGGGCAUUGGCGGUGCAAACCCAGCCAUCGACUUACCGGGAUUCGAGGGUCCCGGCGCGCAACCUGGCUUGUUCGGGGGCCCACCCAACAAUCAACAGGCCGGCUUCAACACCAACCUACCGGGCAGAGGCCCGGCCGGUUUCGGCCAGCCCGGCAACGGCGGACCGAACCAGGGCCAACCAGGGUUCGACUCGGGACCGGUGAACUUCCCCAAUGCCGCCGCACCAGCACAGCCGGACCGCUAUCGCAUUCCGGCGGCGUUCGUCCGCAAGCCUCCGCCGCGUCCCAUCCCGCCGAACUUCGACAUUGAGAUUGUACAGCCGCAUGAGGACACGGGCAUGGGCGCGCCGUUGGGCAACACCAUGCAGCAUCACGUCGAACAGGCCGACGAAGGCAUGUACAUGCUCACCCUGAAAAACCCGCACAACACGCCGGCCAGCGUACGCGUGUUCCUCAGCAGCCUCAGCAGCUCCGAGCCGCACCAGCCGCGCAUCAUGCUGCCCGAGAAUCCCAACGUUCGCGUCGACGCCGCCCGCUUCAACGAGCUGUCGCUGUCGUGGCAGCCGGUGGUGGACACCAACGGCAACGAGAGGAACAACAUUGACUACUGUGUGCAGUUCAGGGCGGCACCACGCAACACCGGCUUCAACCCCAGCGGCAGGCCCAACAUCGGCGUGAAUGCGGCACAGGCAUGCGGAAUGCCAGGGCCGGGCGCCGGCAACAGGCAGCAGCAACAGUGCACGCGUGGCACGCAGCUCACCCUGCAGAGCCUGAGUGCCUCCAGCCGCUACUUCGUGGACCUGACGGCGCGCGACCGCGCCACGCGCCAGCAAGUGCCCUACAUCAGCUCCAACGUGUCGACACUGGAGCAGGGAAUUUCCCUGCCCAACAACCAGGAGAUCAGCAACAUGACUAUGCCACCGCGGUCCAUGCGCACGUUCACGUUUGACACACGCAACACGCCCAACAACCAGGUGGAGUUCAUCGUCUUCCCCUGCCAGGGACUGGUCACUUGGGCCGUCAUGAGAGACGGCAUGGUCGUCGAGACGUUCGAGCCGGAUUUCAUGGACGACGAUAGCUUCAGCGACGACGACAACUUGGGUGACGACCGCUGGGGGGCGGGGGACAACGACGAUGCGUUUGAGCAGCCCGACUGGAACGACAUUGGAGACAACGACAACAUGCCCCCGAUGGGAAUGGCCGGAGGAGCAGGCAUGAACGGACGAUUUGGAGGACCGCGUGGCCGCAAGAGGAGGCAGCAGGGAAUGGGCGGACCAGGUGGUAUGAUGGGCCCGAAUGGACCGGGUGGUAUGAUGGGCCCGGGUGGUAUGAUGGGCAUGGGCGGACCAGGUGGUGGUAUGAUGGGUCCAAAUGGACCAGGUGGUAUGAUGGGCCCGAAUGGACCAGGUGGCAACGGAAUGUGGCCGGAUUCACCGCGAGGCGGGCAUAUGGGAGGUGGACACAUGCGAGGACGUCGACCGCGGUUUAAUGCCGGACGCGGCGAGAGUCUCGGCCAGUCUGUCUUCCAGUUUGAGGAGGAGAUGCCCACUGGACACAUCUACCAGAUCGUGGUGUUCAACCAGGACCAGAACCAAGGCGGUCGCUUCAACAUCUUUGCCAGCAACAACCCGGAACAGUCGCCGUACCCGAGAAUGCCGCAAAAUCCACAGCUGCAGGUUACCGACUCCAGCGACACACAUCUCAACAUCCAGUGGGAACGCAGCGCCUCGCCCAACACCCAGUAUUGUGUCAUUGCUCAGCAGCUCAACGGCGGUCCCGGCGGUAUGGGUAUGGGCAUGCGCGACGAUGGAUUCCGCGGCAAGAGGCAAGCAUUCGGUGGUCCGGGCAACCCGAUGAUGCCCGGGGGUCGGGGCCCGUUGGGCCCGCAGCAGUUCGGGGCAGGGCACGUGCCCAGCUCGCCGUGCGAGGUGCAGGGCCGUGAGGCGGCGCUGCAGAUGAUGAGCAGCGGCAUGUGCAGUAAAGAGCCGUCUCGUCGCCUCGGCAACCUACAGCCGCAAGCCCAAUACUCCAUACAGACGUUUGCCGUCAACGAAGACUCCAGCCUGGCCAUGUCCUACGUCGGCGUCAUGGCCUACGCCAGCAGUGCGUCUACACUCGUGCCCCAGACCCUCGUCGCUCUUCUGGCGAUCGCCCUGUACAAGCUGUUCAUGGUGUAGGGUGGCAGACACUGAGUGCCAGCUCACCGUUCAAUUCCUCGUUGACAUCAUGACACAUGACUGGACUGGAUAAUCGUUCGUGUACGCAGAUACGCAUUGUACACCAUACCAACGCACGCACACACACACACACACACACACACACACACACACAUACGCACGCACACUUUUACGGAUCGAUCUUCUCAUCACGAUUCUGUAACCAGUAAUUAUAUAAUUCUUAUUGCUGCGUCAUCCUGCAUGCAUCGCAUACGCAUACUUGACUUGAACCUAGCCAGCGCUGCAGACACGACAGCACUCGGCCAACCUCACACAUCACACCGGCAUCAGUAACUGACAAAGUUGACCUGAUGCUUCACACUCAUAAUCAAUCUGGAGGCUAAACAGUUAAAACUCUCUAGCUCCCUGCACUACUUACACAAUACGAAAUAAACCUUUUUUUUUUACUAAAUAUUCGCAAAACUAGCACAAUCCUAUUUUUACUGAAGGCUAUAUCGCUGGGGAAAUCCAGUCUCCUUUAUUCAAUACGCCAAUAGCCCCCAGAACUCUAGAGCCAAACGUUCUAUUUUUCAACUGAAGCACAAUAAUACUAAUCUGAUAGCAAGACUCUUCCUGAUAGGCUAGAAUCUCCUGGCAUAACACGCGCAGGAUUAUUCGACUAGCAAGCAAUAGUAUGCUGCCACAUAUACAACUAGUAGUAAUAGCUUAGAACAGGCUGGCUUACAUGCCUGCCUGGCGUCCCUGCCAGAACGUUCUGUCUAAUAUGGCAUAGCAGAAUUAUCAGCUUUGCGUCAUGAUUUGUGCUGUUGUUUUUAACAAUCCAGUCUGAACAUGGUGUUGUUGUGUCUUUAUGCGUAAUGUAAAUACGAUUACAUUA